UUUGUUUACAUUACAGGUAUUUCAAUAUCCAGAGCAGCCCAAAUUGUCGUAACUCUUAAACAAACCCGCUUCUGUAGUACACUACAUGCAACGUGAGGGUCAAUGUGUAAGGGUGAUUUUUAGCACACAGGAAGAACUGCAUUGUUCAACAUCACCAGCAGAGAGCAUGAUAACCUGGAGAUCACUUCUCUCCAAGUCGGUCAGUGGGUGUUAGCAGGCGUACAGUUUUCUUAUCAGCACUGAGCAUGAAUGCACCACAGCUGUGCAAGUUUUUUGACAUAAUGUUACAAGGCUAGCAUAUGUGUGUGUGCUUUGCUUACUUUUUAUACCUUUUGUCAAAAUGUCACCGUUUACAUGGGGGACUACUGAGUGUUUUCAAAAGACACAAUACAGUAAAAGUAGACAUGUCGUUGAAACUGAAGAGGAGGACUUGAACAGGAAGCUUGACUUUAUGUGGUUAGCCAAGUAUUGCAGUGCACUUGGCUGCAUACAGGAAGCUAGUAUCACUCACUGGUCUUCAGAUGAAAAAAAACAGUUAUUUUCCUGAGAGCCUGUACACUCACACAUUGAGAAAUUUGUCUCAAAAUGUCCCAGGGUUCCUUUGCCAGCCGUUUUUUCCACAAAUAUUGUAAGAACAGCCAAGAGAACAAAGGACAAGAGAGUGAGGCGCCUUCUAGCUCUGAGUUCAUCAUCGAGUGGGAUAAGUUCAUGAAAGAGUUCUUAGCUAAAGCCAAAGAAGAUUUUUUAAGAAAAUGGGAGUGUCCGCCACAGGGCACAACAGGCCUGGAUGACUUCGAUAGGUUCAAAACUCUGGGCACUGGCUCAUUCGGGCGAGUUAUGCUCGUCAAACAUAAAGAAACGAACCAGUUCUAUGCCAUGAAGAUCUUGGACAAACAAAAAGUGGUGAAGUUGAAGCAGAUAGAACACACACUAAAUGAAAAGAGAAUACUGCAGGCUGUCUCCUUCCCCUUCCUCGUCAGAUUGGAAUACGCUUUCAAGGACAACUCAAACCUCUACAUGGUGAUGGAGUACGUGCCUGGUGGAGAGAUGUUCUCACACCUCAGACGUAUUGGAAGGUUCAGUGAAAACCAUGCAAGAUUUUAUGCAGCUCAGAUAAUACUCACCUUUGAGUAUCUUCACUCCUUGGACCUCAUCUACAGAGACCUGAAGCCUGAAAACCUGCUCAUAGACCAACAUGGGUAUAUCCAGGUCACAGACUUCGGUUUUGCCAAAAGGGUAAAAGGCAGGACUUGGACAUUGUGUGGAACUCCUGAGUAUCUGGCUCCAGAAAUCAUCCUCAGCAAGGGCUACAACAAAGCUGUGGACUGGUGGGCACUUGGAGUUCUUAUCUAUGAAAUGGCUGCUGGUUACCCUCCUUUUUUUGCUGAUCAGCCUAUCCAGAUCUAUGAAAAGAUUGUGUCUGGCAAGGUACGAUUCCCCUCUCACUUUAGCUCCGACCUGAAAGAUCUGCUGAAAAAUCUGCUCCAGGUGGACUUGACAAAGAGAUUUGGCAACCUGAAGAACGGUGUGAAUGACAUAAAAAAUCACAAAUGGUUCUCCUCAACAGACUGGAUUGCCAUAUACGAGAGAAAGGUUGAAGCCCCCUUCUUGCCAAAGUGCAGAGGACCAGGAGACACAAGCAACUUUGACGACUAUGAAGAGGAGGACAUCCAUAUCUCACAAACAGAAAAGUGUGCAAAGGAGUUUGCUGACUUCUAGUGAGUGGGCAAGAGUCCCCAUCAAGGCUCACGUGUUUUGGGAUAUUUGCACUCUCCCAAGGGUUAAGGUGGAACAGAGUCCGUCACGUGUCCAAUACAAAAGCCUCGUUCCUUCAUUCCACACAGCUGAAUGAGGUCCUUCUUGCCAUGAUCCUACGUGCAGUUAGCACUAACCUUUACACAGGCACAUUAUGCAGACACCCCUAGUGCUGCAACACAAAAAUACUAGACCACGUUUUCAUCUUUUGUCUUUUUUUUUUUUGUCUUUUUUUUUUUUUUUUUUUUUUUAAAUUUCCCCACCUUUGAAAAGCCUCCCUCUUCCUUAUUUCAAAUCAAAUAAUUAAAAGCAACAUGAAAACUAAUAUUAUGCCCAUUUUCAAAUGGCACAAAGAGUGAUUGAUUGUACUAGCUGGUAUUGCACAUAUUGUGAUUUAAGCUUUGGGAAAAUAGAAGGGAUUUUGGAAUUUUUCUAACAUUGAGUUUUGCCGUUUAUCUGUCUGUUAAACACCUGAGUGUGUUAUAGGGUUUAAUUUUUCAUCAUGAAAACUUUAACAUUAGCCAUUAUUCAUCAGGAAAGGUGUGUUUGUGCAUAUAGAAAUAUACGUAUAUGAGACAUACGAUUUUCGGACACUUUGUGUUGUUAAAGCAUGACCAAAAUUCAAACAAAGAAAGCGGUUUAGUGAAGGAAAAGCUACAGUAAUGACUUUUGAGUUUAGCACUCAUUCACAUGUGAUCAACAGUGACGAGUGUCAUCUGUAUGAAGCAGAAACUUGUCAGUGUUGUAUUAACUGAUCAACUGAAGCAUUUUUUUAUUCAUAUCUGGUCACAAGACAUUUCCUUUUACCUCAGACUAGUUGUGGUAUUCAGUGAAUGGAAUGAGAUCGUUUAUUUUUCAAUUACACCUCUGUUUCACAAGAGGGGAAGACUGAAGGGGUUUUAGUAUGUCACUCCAAACAACAGCUCAUCUGUUUUUGGACAAAAAUGUGUUUGAAUUUGAAUUGACAUGCGUUUUUGAAUAACAGAAAGAUCAGUUUGUUGCAUUGUUUGUUUUUUUGUUUUUUUUUUUGAGUACGCGAAGCAGCAUUUAUCACGUGGACGUGUUUUAUCAAUUUGGAGUUGCUUUUCGAUUUUGUUUUGAAAUUGUUGUGCUUCAGCUAAGCACCCUGAAGUCAUUGUUUAACUGCCAUAUUUGUUUUAUUUUCAUUUUGCAUGUUUGUUACAGCAAUGUCACACCGAGCUAACAGUUCCCUGAAAGUGUUCCCUUUUUUUUGGUUUUUUUUGGGUUUUUUUUGUGGUUUUGUUCUGUUCUCUUUUAAAUUGUUUCAAAACCUGGGACACCAAUACAUUAGAUAGACAAUUUUUUAACCGAGUAACAUAUUCCUCUGGAUAACCACAUUAAAGCAAAAUGAAAUAAUUAACCUUGGAAUAAUAACAGAAAAUUGAAAUAUCAUAACCUUAAAGUAUUCAUUCAUCUUGGUCACUUGUUGGUUGAAACAUAGACUUACCUCAACUAUAGCUUGUAGUUUCUUUGCAUCCUUUAUUUAACCAGUUUGUACACUGUGAUGGAGCGAUAUUUGCUCUUUCUUCCUCGCAAAAUUGCUCAGGCAAAGUCAGGUCAGUCACAGAACGUUGACGGAUGAAAAUGUUACAGAUUUUUAAAGGGAAUAAGGUCAAGAGUUUGACUUUGAAGAACAUUUUUUUCAUUGUUAACCUUCUGUUAAGUUCUUGUCUACACAUUUUUAUUAUGUAUUUUCUCCCUUAUAAGAAAUAUAAGUUUGAUGAUGGAUUUGUCUGUACUGGGCACCAUUCAUUUCUCAUUGAAUUGUGACACAUUUCCUGUCCUCGCUGCUGAAAUGUGGUCCCUGCCUCCACAAACUCCUCACAAGCGUGACAGUUUGGGAUGUGCGAUUGGGUCAGUGAUCAAAGAUUCAAUACCUACAAGGCCAAAGUGUCCACUUGUUUCACUUCCAGAUGUCAGAAAAGCCACGAUUGCUCCUGUGUCUGUGAAUCCUUUGAUUCUCUAGAAGUGAAGUUUGUUUCUGCCGUCCACUUGGAGGUCAGAGUUUGAGGUCAUUUCUGCAGGUCGGACACUCAGGGUUGUGGGGAAGAUCCAAUCAUUUUAUGUCUUAUUGGAUACAAUAAUGCAUUUGUUGACAGUCUUUCAACCUCUUAAGUCUUCUGAAGCUUUGACCAUUAUUUGACAUGGUGCUCAAGUGUUUGUAGAUAAGAAAAAUGCAAUUUAAUCAAGUUCAACAAUCUUAAACAACCAAAUGUGAAAAAGCUUUGGGGACUGAAUGUUUUUUUGUUUUUUUGUUUUUUAAAGUACUUAUGUACUGUAUAUGGAUAUUGGCUUUGCCUGAACUCUGAACUUUUUUUUUUUCAUAUAUUAAGCACAUGAUGUAAUAUGUUAUUUAGCCCCAGAUUCAUUUGAAAAGGAACAACUGUUUCAUAUGCUAUUUUAUUUAUAUUAGAGAUGUCUAAACAAAUUUAUUUUAAAUGUUUAAACCUACAUAGUUGUCAGUAUAUAUGAAACUCCAAUUGUUUUGGUCACAAAAGUGUUAUAAACAGUCAAUAUACUGGAUUAUUUAUUUUUACAACUUUUCACAAUCGCCCCUGUUAAAAAUAGAACAUUUAUAGACCGUUAAUAAACAUCGAUGCCUCUCAUGCCUAUUUAAAAUUGUAGCCUUUGAUCUAACUUAUUUUUUUUCUCCUAGUUUGUUUUAUUUCUCUUCUUAGGUAAAUAACUAAUAAAAGGGAAUCCAACAUAAAUUUCACAAUCUGAAGGGGUGAACAGAAUGCAAUUGCAGAAUCAAUGAGGGUUUGUUUUUGUUUUUGUUUUGUUUUUUUAAUUUGGACAAACUUUGUAAGCUACACCAGGGACUUCAGCAUGUUUCAGUCCAAACUGCCUGUGUGUAAAUCUUCCAGAAAGUGUGUAGGAAAUCCACAGCUCUUCUUAUGUGUCAUUUAUCCCCCAUGUGUGUAAUAAUGUUUGUCAUAUUUGAUGUAAAUGAUGGCACUUUUCCCUGAGCCACCUCACACUCCUGACUGAAGGAAAUCAUUUUAUGCGUUCUUCAUAGCUAGUCACACAUGCCAGUAUGGGAUCAAUAAUCUGAAAUGUGUCUGUAUUUAGUUUGUGGGAUAUUUUGCACAUCAUUUAGAAGGCUGACACGUUUUUUGUUUUUGUUUUUUUUUUCCCACCUGUAUUUACUUGUGUUUGCAAGGGGAACAUACUUUGCUGUAGCAGAUUUUAUGUAACAAAAGAUAUGUCACUAUAAUAAAUUCUUUUUAUUGAAAGCUAUAA